GCCCCUCGCCUAACAUCCCAUCCUCGCAGGUCGCUUAUUCCGCCUCACAGUCCACGAGAGUCCGGACGUGCUGGUCUCCUCUCCUCUCUGCUCCGUGGAUUGUCCCACUCAACACUCGUCACGAUGUCUUCUUCUUUUGCGGGGAUUUUAAAAGUUGCUUUGGACCACAGACGAAGAGCGACGACGGACCAUUAAAGUCCACGUGCAAACGCGGAAGUAGCUUUUUUAAAAAUUUGAUCUUAAAGAGCCGUUUUGGAAAAAAAAAAAAAACACAAAAAAAAUAAAUAAAUCGACCAACGUGUAGAGGUUAGUUAGCUAAAGACGUUGGAGAUGAUUUGGUCGAAAAGUGUUGGGAUGUUCCAGCGCGGCUUGUGACCCAGCAGGAUGCGUCAUGUUGCCCGUCAUAAGUUCCGUCUAAUUGCUGGAGCGCGGCUGAAUAAACGAGUCACCAUGAUUUUAACAACUUUCGCCAUCUUCCUCUCAUUGCCUGACUCGGUGUCCGCCUUAAAGAGCAGUGGUGGUGCGCCCCCUAGAGGAGGCGCGCGUCUGGACUGCGUCAAGGCCAGCGAGCAGUGCCUGAAGGAGGCCACCUGCAGCACCAAGUACCGCACCAUGAGGCAGUGCGUGGCGGGCAGGGAGAGCAACCUGAGCGCGGUGACGGCUCCGGAGGCGCAGGGCGAGUGCCGGAGCGCCAUGGAGGCCAUGAAGCAGAACGCCCUCAACCACUGCAGGUGCAGGAGGGGCAUGAAGAAGGAGAAGAACUGCCUGCGUAUCUUCUGGAGCAUUUAUCAGAGUUUGCAAGGUAACGACCUACUGGAAUAUUCUCCAUACGAGGCGGUCAACAGCCGCCUGUCGGAUAUCUUUCACUUGGCCCCCAUCAUUGCUGCGGAGUCAGCGCCCACCAAAGAGAACAACUGUCUGAACGCGGCGAAGGCGUGCAACCUUAACGACACGUGCAAGAAGUACCGCUCGGCCUACAUCAACCCGUGCACCAACAGAGUGUCGGCGUCGGAGGUUUGCAACAAGCGCAAAUGUCAAAAGGCCUUGAGACAAUUCUUUGACAAGGUUCCCAAUAAAUACAGCUACGGCAUGUUGUUCUGCUCCUGCCCGGCCGGCGAUCAGACGGCGUGCGCCGAACGCCGCCGUCAGACCAUCGUGCCCGUCUGCUCCUACGAGGACAAGGACAAGCCCAACUGUUUGUCUCUGCAGAACGCCUGCAAGACCAACUACAUCUGCAGGUCCCGACUGGCAGAUUUUAUUAGCAACUGUCAGCCAGAAAGUCACUCGAUAUCGGGAUGUCUGAGGGAGAACUACGCCGACUGCCUGCUCUCCUACUCGGGACUCAUCGGUACAGUGAUGACGCCUAAUUACAUGCGCUCCCUUAGCAUCACCCUGUCGCCGUGGUGCGACUGCAGCAGCAGUGGGAACAGCAAGCCCGAGUGCGAGAAAUUUGCAGAGAUUUUCACCAACAACCGAUGCUUACGGAACGCCAUCCAGGCUUUCGGCAACGGCACCGAUGUCGGCGUGUGGCAGCCCCAGCCUCCCAUCGCGCCCGCCAUGGGUGAGGCGGGCGCCACCCGCGGGGGGAGAGACGGAAGCGUCCGGGCGGUGGACGUGCUGAGCGACCUGGGCAGACUGGAUGUGGCCGGCCAUGCCUCCUAUGACAUCUGUGGCACCUUGCAGGCCCAAAAACUGCUGUCAAACCGCUCAGAAGAUCCUGCUCUGUGUGCGAUGGGCGACUCCAACGCGGUGGCGAGGAGCUCCACGGGAAAACUGCGAGCCUCAAGUCUUCUCCUGGCGCUGGUCUUCCCUUGGAAACCUUGAACUUUCCAGCUCUCGUAGGACCUGAAAGAUGGACCACCGUUUGUUUGCUGGCACAACGGAGCAAGAAAAAGAAAAAAAAGAUUUGCAAAGAGAACAUUUGAGUGACGAGACUCUCUUUGGAACCUGAUGGAACAUUUGCCCCAAAAUGGAGGAGGGUUUGGAGAACAUGUGACUAUCUCUCUGCAUCGAGUGUGCUGUGGUUUGUCCCGUCAGUCCAAACUCUCCAACCGCUUAGGAUUUGGUCCUUAAAGGAGAGUAAGGACAAAUCUGCCAUCUUAGUCCUCAGCGUACGGUCAGUAUUAGGUCAGCUUUGUCGUCGUGGUUGUAACCAGUUCGUAAAUAGGAAACAAAGUAAGAAAAUGUCUGCUGCGACACACGGAGAACAAAAACACUUCUCUAGUCAGGUGAUGAGGUGUUCACAACAUACAUAUUUGCUGUUUUUUUUUAAAAGAAACAACUUCAUUUGAACAACCGCAUGUAACGACACCAGCUCACUACCACCCACUCUGGUCUACAGUGGUACUACACAAGAGGCGAGUCUAUUACAGAGCAAGAUAUUUUCCAUGAGAAUUAAAUGGAAAUGUCAUCAAUUUUAAGGAAUUGUUUUAUAAAAUGUAUUGACUUAGUAAAUUUUGGAGCACAAUCCUGAUUGAAAGAGACAGAUUUUCAACAAUUUCCAAUCCUGACAAUUGAUCUAUUGUGCAUUAUGCAUACAUGAAUUAAUGCUACGUGCAUGACAAUACAUGUCUUCUGUUUAACACUAACAUAAAAAGUACCAUAAAACUGA